AACAAGUGGGUACUUUGUUGCGAGCCGGUCACAUUUUGCAGAUGCACUUGACCAGUCAGGCCCCGGGGAUGGCUGCAGCCUGGCCGAGUACAUCCAGAAAGGGUGCCAUCAAUCUCCACUCUGACGCCAAUCCAAACGACGAGGAUUUUGACAGAAUUGAUGAUCUGUUUGAUGAGGCCGUGCUUCCGGAUUCAGUUGAUAAGGAUGAGGACAUGACUUCAAAUGCAGAUGCUGGAAGGAAAACGCCAACAACUGCGGAGAAUGACGGAGAUAAUGUCAAGACGGGCUUAAAGGAGCCAAACAAUCCGCAAAAAUUCCCUUUAUACGUAGGACCUUUUUCCUGGUGGACAUCUGACGAAGACGUCUUGUCUGUGGCCCAAAGGUUAGACGUAAGGGAUAUCGAGGAGAUCAAAUUUGCAGAGAACAAAGCAAAUGGCCAAUCAAGAGGCUAUGCAAAGUUGGUGGUGACUUCAGGAAGGUCCGCAAAAAUAUUGUUGGAUAAAAUACCACAAUGUACGAUGGAUGGGGAAAAAAUAGACUGCCGCCUUGCCACUCAGCAAAACUUAACUGUGUUCGAAUAUGUUGCAAACAAACGCUUCCCAAUGCGCAGUAAUUCCAGGGACUGCGAUUCGCUGGAGAAUACGCCAUUACCCCGGAACAACAACCCUCCUCGCAGUAUACCCACUCACUUCCCGCCGCAUCCCCUCGGCAACAUAUUUCCCUCACAUUCCAGCCCUUUCCUCGGCCAGCCACCACCUCCCUUCCCACCUGUGCCCCCCAACAUCCUCCCUCCUCCUUUGUUUCCUCCUCAACUUUUCAACGCUCCGAGACAGCCGUCUCCAAGUCUGCAUAUCAAUCCAGCCUACAUCUCACCACCACCAGAAAGACACAGCAGGCUUUCUUACAAUAUGCAAAAGGGAGACAGGGAUUAUGAGGAGCUGUUGAACAGAAAUAGGGCUGUGGCUAGCAGCGCCAUUACCAAGGCCGUGACCGGCGCAACAACCGGAGACCUGCGGGUAGCCAUGGAAACGCUGUUAACGGCCAUCGCCAUCAUUAAGCAGUCCAGAAUAUACGGAGAUAAGCGCUGCCAAGCCCUGGUCACCUCCCUCAAAGACUGCCUGGUGUCCAUCCAGGGAGACUCUGGCCACAGCAGGAGUAGCAGUCAUUCAGACACCCGGGUCAGAGAUCGGGAGCGCCACAGAGAGGAGUUGCCUAGUUGGGAAGGAGCCGGAACAUCCCGGAGGCACAGGGAACGUUCCCGGAGUCGAGAGAGGGAAAGGGAGCGCUUGCGGGACAGGCACAGGGAUCAGAGAGACCGCUACCGCUGACUCGGUAAGAUUGUAUCGUCACAGCUUCGUGGUCCACUUUGACAUCGCAACACUUAAAACGUCACAUCCAAGCCAGAGGAGACUCCCCGAUGAUGCUGUCUGUUAGCAUUUCUCUCACAAUAGCCUUUCACUUCUUUCUUCUUUUUAAGACCAUGUUGAUUGCAGAACGUAUUGACAAACUGGUACGCCUACUUUCUGGGGUCUACUCAUGAUUCGGUAACUAACACUAGAACAAGGGCAUUUGUUUUUGAUCGGCACUACUCUUAAAAAGUGAGGGAUAUUAAUCUGGAAUUUCAGGAUGAAGCUAAAAUGCAUGUAAUUAAUUUGGAAUGUCCAACUGUUCAAAGUUUUAGUAUUAGUUUUAAAACUGGCUGAUCUCUAACAAGGAUGGCAAAAUCCCUACAAGGUUUCUGAUCCUUGAAUGGAUCAAUGGUCAGUGUAGGUUUUUUGCUUUCAAAUUUGAUUUCAUGAUUGGGAAUUGAAAAACAAAAAAACAUUGGAUUACUGUCAUCCCUAGUCUCAAAUAUUGUCUUCAGUACAUAUUUAAUUUUUUAAAGCCUAUUGUACAAUUUCUUGUUCCUAAAUUAAGUCUUUUAAAGCCUAAAAAUGGCUAAAUAAACAAAACAGAAGUACAAUACAAUACAGUAGUAGUAUUAGCCACAACAGGAGAGCACAUCUAUCAGAGUGCGUUGUUUAGUAUUGUGGCUACUGAUUGGUUCAGCCUCAGGCAGCAUUAAUAUAUUGGAUUAAAAGAGGGGCGUUAUUUCAUGUCUGGAGGGCUCUGAUGUUGAAAAAUGUAUCUUGAAAGUCAAACAGUUUUUAUACUCUAUUAAAAUAUUUUGGUAAAUUAUACAAACUUUGCGGAAAUUAAUUUAUCACGGCCAUGUUCGGAUCCAAUUAACAGCCAUAAACAAGGGACGACUAUUUAAAUUUCAUUUUGGGAAAUAAAAAAUAUUAGUUUGGGGGAAAACGCUAUUCCAGUGCCGAAGAGCAAUAACAAGAUGUAAAAAUGUGUAAUUUUACAUUUUUAUUCAUCAAAAAUUUAUAUCAGCGUAAAACUGACCAAAAACUCUUUUUUUUUAAUUUUGACACCAGAACUAGAAGGUGGUCAUCAAAAAUGAGACCAUGGACUGCCUGUAGGGAAAAAACAGUUUGACGUUGUAUUGUUUGUCCAAAAGAUCAUGGAUCAAUAUUUAUAUAUUUUUUUUAAUAUAUUAACGCUGGAUACAGUUAAGGCUAUUAAUUGUUUAGUUUGAUUAGGGAAAAAAAGCUUUGAUUUAUUUUCUGUUGCUUCGAAUAAUCGUUUAACUGUAAUAUAUAAAAAUGUAUCAAAUUCAAAAGGUAGUGUUCGGAACUUUAAAAGCUUAAGAGUGUCAUCAGCAUACGCUGAGAGACUGGAGGUGCCUUUCUGUAAUAAAUGUAUUGAUCCAUACAGGUCUCACACAUCUGUUAUUACCAUUCAGCUCCUUGUUAGAGAACAGCAAGUUGUGUAAAAAAAAAUGUAGUAGUGAAACAUUUGGGCUUAGAACAUUCAUACUUCACCUGUAAAGGUUAUAGUGCUUUUUAGCUUCAUCCUGUAUUCAAUAUCCCUAACUAUUUGUGUAGUGUACGUCAUAAAAGUUCCUUGAAAUUAUUUAAAUGUAUAAAAUGCCACCAAUGAUUAGUUUUGAGAACACUUGUGUAUCGUGCGUUCACAAAGUAAUCGGACUACUUCAAUUUUGGUCACAUUUAUGUUGCAUAUUUAAACAAAGCUGUAAGCAUGAUUUUUUUUACCCUUUAAAACCAAAUUACUAAACCUAAUAAAACAAAAUAUGUAUUUUACUUUUUUGGCAAUCUUUGCAAUGACUUAAAAUAGAACUCACCCAGCUGUUUUAUCAUGUUUACACUUUGCAUGGAGUUAAAUCCAGUUCAUAGGUAUUGCACAAUUAAUGUGAAAAAAUUGAGUGACGUCUGAAUACUUUCUUUAUUUUCUGUAAUACGUUCCCAAAUGUUUUUAGAAAAUAUACUUUCCCCUCUAGACACUGCUGUUGAAGUGUUCAGGGGAGUUUUCUUUUUAGUUUCUGCACAAACUUGUAAAUAGACUUAAAAUGUUGAGUCUGUAAUUGUUUGUCAACUCUUCAUAGGAUAUGUUGUGUGUAGGUUAAUUGAGAUUCCAAUCAUACCUGCCAGAAUUUGCAUUUGAAAAUACCGAAACGCACCCUGCAGACUACACCGCACCGACGUUUGUGCCGCUCCAACAAUGCCCAAGUUUUCUUUUUGUGGAAGUAAAACAUACACAAAUGGGAGGACGGCAGGUCAAAAUACGGAAGUUUCCUGGAAAAACAGGAGUGUUGCCAAGUAUGAUUCGAAUCCUUGCAUGUGCAGAGACCUGCAAAUGUAUAUAACAUGUCAUGUUGUUCAUUCUUUUGUAAUAUAAAACAUCCCUAAAAUGUA